AACUUGCACGGUGACGGUGCCAUGACAGGAGAAAAAAUCAUGAAGAAGAAUAAAGAAUACCUUAAAGUUAAUGACUUUUCUUUUGAACUUAACCAUCUGGAUAAACUGGUGUUGCAUUUUGAGAAUCUAUUCAACGGCGACAAGACUCUAGGUACCACAAUCAAUAAUCUCGUCAACGAGAACUGGAUGGAAAUUUGGUCGCAACUGAGAGUACCCCUGCAAGAAAUUUGUGGUUACUCAUUUCGAGAAUACGCUCGUCGCCUCUUCGACAAGGUUCCUUUAGACGACGUUUUCCUAGUCAAAGCACCAUGAGACUUCAAGCUAGUUGUGUGUAAAUAAGAGUUGGAGUCAACUAUUUUUCAGUCAUACAUUAUGCAUGUCAUUGUUCAC